AUGCUGCAAAAACCAGCAGAGAGGCGUUUGGAGGACACAGUCCUGAACCCAGACACUGAAGACAAGUCAUUAACUGUUUGUAGUGUGGAGGGUGAUAGGGACACGUUAACUCCUGUCCCUGCACGAAUACGAGAGAUCAUCACUCAGAACCUUAGUGAGGACUCAAUGCAACGGUUCCCAGAACGUUAUCCAGAUUGGAGCCUACAGGAGGAGAACAGAUCUCUACAGGAUGAGAUAUUUCGCCUGAAAGACCUUCUGGCACUAACCCGAACUGAGCGUGAUGAUCUCACCAUAAAAAACCACACCCUUAAUGACAAGCUGGAGAAGGCUCAUCAUUUUAGAUCAGAAGACAGUGAGAUGCUCUUGGAUUUGAGACGUCGCUUUCAGGAAGAGGAGAUGGCGUACAAACGCAAACUGUCAGCUUAUCAAGACGGGCAGCAGAAACAGGCACAGCUAGUGCAAAGAUUGCAAUCCAAGGUACUGCAAUAUAAGAGAAGUUGUGGAGAACAGGAGAAACAGCUUUUGGAAAAAAACACUGAAAUUGAGCACCUGAAAUCAACAUUGCAGUCACGUUUGGACUCUGCAGAGUCUUCAUUGCAGAGACGAGAUCAGGAUCAUAGUUCAGAGCUACAGAAAGCUCUUGCCAGACUGGAAGAAGAAAAACAAAGUAACAGCAGUCUGGCACAAGCAAACGUGACCUUACGGGAGCAGAUGGACCAGAUGAAGCAAUCCAAUGACAAACUGGCUGAGGAACUGAGAUACCUGACUUCUGACCUUCGCAGGUCACGAGAUGACAUAGAGCAGCGGGAAUGUGACUGGAGAAAGGAAAGAGAGAGCUACAACUCCUACCUGAGCAGUGAGCACAACAGUAUGUUGAAGCUGAGGCGCCAUGCAGCUUCUUUACGCAGCCAGUUCACUGAGCUACGCGCUCUUACUGAGAGGGGUCUCCUAGAGAUAAAAACAGACAUUUCACGCAGCAAGCGCCGCCUUCACACAGCAUGUCUAAACCUAGACUCCAACCUGCGCCUCUCUCAGAAUGCUACAGGGACAACUCUCCACACAGCCCGGCUUGAGCAGCAGCUUCGUGACAAAGUGCGACAGAUGAUCCAGUUGCAGAGCCAGUGGGAUGCAGAGAAGGUGGAACUUAACACAAGGGUCUCAGAACUGACAGUUCAGGUUGAGAAACUGAAAGAAGAAAACAGUAAGAAAGAAAAGGAAAAACUGAGACUGGAAAAUAAUGGCUGUGAUACUUUGCAAGAACUUGAAGGUGUCAGAGAAGAGUGUGAGACAUUACAACAAGUCCUGAAUACAAUUAGUCAGAUGUGUCAGGCAGAUAGUACUUCUUUUUCAUUGGGACUGGAGAACACAGCAGGAGACAUUGUAGAUGAACUGAGAGAGCCACUUUCCCCAAUACGUAGUGUCAGCCCAUCUCCGUCACGUGGGAAAUCCCCAACUCGUGCGCUGUCACCUCUGAGGCAAGAAAAAGCAAUAAGAGCUGUGCAGAAUGCUCUACAGAGAAGACGUGAAAAAGAGAAGGACCUGCAGCUAGAAGUGGCUUUGGUGAAGGAGUCCCUGGAAAGUACGAAGAAGCAACUACAGGAGUGUAUGCAGGAGUCUAAGAAGCGAGAGCAAGAGCUAAACCGAGAGAAGGAGGAGAUCAGCAACAUCCUAGAAAGUUCCAAAAAGGAAUCCCAGCGUUGUCAAAGCAGCAUAGAUUCUCUGAAGAGAGACAAAGAAGAUAUGGAAGAGUCAUUACAGACAGUUAAGCAAAAGGCUGAUAGUUUACUGCUGGAGAUUGAGAGACUCAAAGCCGUGAACACAGAGCUCCUCCGUCAGAGGGAGCUGCUUGAGGAGCAGAAGGAGGAACUGAAUCGUGAGCGGGACCGCAAUCACAAGGAGUUAGAGAGAGGAAAAAGAACUCAAGAACAACUAGAAGAGAAGGUGUCCAUUCUGAAGAAGGAUCUGGUUACUGUCAGGGAAAGCUUGAGCCAAAUGGCACUAGAGAGAGAUGUCCUGCAAGGCGAGAAGGAGGCUGUGGCCAGCGCCCUUAGCAAGGCUGAAUCAGGCAGAGCAGAGCUAGAGAUGGCAUUCAAUCAGAUGCGCAGUGAACGGGCGGCACUGAGUGACUCGCUGGCUAAAAUGGGUGCUCUGAAUGAAGGACUGGCACAAGACAAAGUGGCAUUGAACCGUGUCAUAUUGCAGUUGGAGUCAGAGCGUGGGACGCUACAAGAGGAACGCCGUGCAAGUGAGGCUAACUAUGCCCUGCUAAAGGAGGAGCGGGAAGCACUUGAGCUGGAGGUGACCCAGUUACAGACUGAAAAAAUAGUAAUAGAACGUAGGAGCAGAGAGGCUGAGGAGAAACGCCAGGCACAGGAAGAGCAGCUACAUGGUGUGCUCAGAGAAAGAAUGAAAUUACAGGAACAGCUGUCACAGGCUAAUAAUAUGACACAGACACUGCAGGAACAGUUACAGGAAACACGCAGGGAGCUAGAUUUACAAACAGCAGCUCUGCAACGCUCAUCCCAACGCAUUGAGGAACUGACCAAACUGAAAGCGGAGCUUGGUGUGCAGAUAGCAGCUCUAGACAACGAGAGACAAGAAAAUGAGGAGGAGUUUAGCCAGCUGAGAUCAGAAAAGGAGUCCCUGGAAAAUGCUUUGUAUGAAACACAGCGUCGGGUUGCUCAACUGGAAGAUUGCAGAGAACAGCUAGAGGGAGAAAUACACACCCUGGUGCUCGCAAAGCAAAACCUGCAAGCAGAUGCUCAGCGUCACGCUCUGGAAGCUGAGGAAGCACUGGCUGAGCUGCGGCAGCAAAAGGUCACUUUGGAGCUUCAUCUGGCACAGACGGAGCAGACAGCUCAGCUAUCUCUAAGUAACCAGGCACAGCAGCACCAAGACACUGUGGAACGACUUAAGAAAGAGAAGGAGUCCCUACGCCUGGCGAUGAGUAUGGAAAAGCAGGAGGCGGUGCUCCGUCUGGAGAAGGAGAAGGACGAGCUGAUCUCUGAUUGUGAGACACUUAAGCAAAAGCUUGGAGCAGAGAUUCUACGAUUACAGGAGGAGAGAGAAGAGAGCUUGUUUAAAGUGGAAAAUGAGAAGCAAAAGGCUCUGCUGUUGAAGGAGACUGAGAAGAAUUCCCUGAGUGAGAGGCUUAUGCAGGCGCAGAGGGAGCUCUCUGAGAGCAGGCUGGAGUCAGAGAGAUUUAGACGUGACGCUCAGAACAAACAAGGCCAGGAGAAGGCUAUGCUAGACGGUGUGUCCGCUGAGCUAAAGGCUUUGCAGGCUGAGUUUGAAGACGCCGUCUCUGCACACUCUAAAGAACACAAGAGUCUCUGCGAACGAGUUAAACAGCUGACUCAAGAUAGAGAGAGACUGACCAAAGAGGUGGAGGAGCUGAGAACUCAGCUGCGGAUGGCUGAGGAUUCUCGCGAUAGUUUGAGAAAGGAUAUCAUAGAGGUGCAGAGAGUGCUCCGUGAGACAGAAGAAACCUGUGAAGUGCAGAGAAAAGAGGCUCUUGAGCUGCGCCGGGAACUUGGAGACCAGUCUCGUGAAAGAGAAACUCUUCAGCGCUCAAAUACCGAACUUAGAGCAUCCAUCAAGAAGACAGAGGCAGAGAGAAGCAGCCUGCAGAUUGCAUUGGAGGAAAAGCAGCAGCGCAUGGUGGCCCUGCAGGAGACAAAGUCAUGUGCAGAGCGGGAUUCUGCUCAGCUGAGAGCAAGUCUACGAGACGUGGAACGUUCCCAUAUAGAGGCUCGCAGACAGCUGCAAGAGCUGCGCAGACAGGUGAAGACUCUUGGAGGAGAAAGUAGCCAGAAAGAGCAGGAGGUAGCAGAGCUACAGGCCCGAAUACAGCAGGAGGAACAGAAAGAACAACAAAGCCGGAGGGAGUCUCUAGAGCUGAGACAGCGCAUCACUGAGAAUGAAGCAGCGAGAGAAGCUGCACGCAGAGAGAUCUUAUCCCUGCAGCAGCGCCUCUCAACAUUAGAGUCUUCUUCUCGUCAGCGUGAAAAAGAUUUUGAGCAGCGACUCAGUGAGAGCCACUCUGGGGAGCAGCGAUUGCAGGAGACAUGCAAGACAGUGCAGGAGCAGCUACAGAGAAGCACGAGUGAGGCAGGGGAGCUGCGACUGCAAGUAGGUGCAUGUGAUGCACGUCUCCGGGCACUUGAAGCAGAGCUAAAUAAAUCCCAGGCAGCACGCAGAGAAGCAGAGACCCAGCUUAGUAAUCUGAGCUCAGUUUUCAGACGCACCAUUGGAAUCAGGGGUCGCAGCCCUUCCCCACACAGAGCUGUGUCCCCCAGUAAAGGUCUUGAUGGAUCUUUUUCUGCGUUGCGUGAAGGUCGAGCAACACCAACCUCUCGAGGCGUGUCUCCUGGCCCCAGCUAUUCUCAAUAUACUGAGCUGGAACCUGAGGCAGUGGAAGUGGCACUGAGAGAUGUGAUUCAGGAACUAAGGGACAUGCAGAGAGAAAGGGAUGAGGCUGGACUUCAGGUCCUGUCCCUGCGCAGACAACUGGAUGAUUCCUCCAGUUCAUGUGAGAGGUUACAGGCUCAGCUGCAGAAACUGCACCGACAGCUGGCUGAUCUUCAGGAACAGCAAAAAGGAAAUGAGGAGCGACUGAACACAGCACACACAGAAAUGCGACUGCUGCAGGAUAACCUACGUCAUGUAGAGAUGGAGAGACAAGCUGUGGGCGAGCGUGCAUCAGCCCUUGAGCACAGCCUGCGUGUCUGUGAAGAUGAAAAGAGGGAACUUCAGGAUCGGCUUUCCCGGGCACGCAGUGGUGAAAGCCGUCAAGAGUUGGAAUGCAAAGGUUUAAGAGAGAUUCUUGAAGCAUCAGAGAACCGAGGAACUGACCUGGAGCUGAAACGGCGCUCGCUAGAGGGGGAGUUUGAAAGGGCCAGGCUUAGCCUUGCUGAAAGAGAAGUGGAAGUUCAAUCUCUACAGGAAAGACUAGAUGAUCUGCAGGAGAGUCUGCGAGAGAGUGAGGACAGAGAAGCAGGGCUGCAGAGAGAAGUGCAGCAAUUGAGUCUGGCACUGACAAGGGCCCAUGAUGGAGAGCGCCAACUGCAAGAGAAGUCCCAAGAGCUGACCGUGGCAUUGGGAGAGGCUGCAGCUGGCAGGGGUAACAUGCAAGAGGAUGUGACCAGAUUACAGGGAGCUCUGACAGCAGCUGAAGCAGAUAGGAGGAUUCUACAGGAGAGACUUGAUUCCGUGCGUCAGGCUUUAAGUGAUAGCAAGAGACAGAACCUUCGCCUCUCGCAGACAGCUCAAGAGCAGCAGCAGCAGCUGGGGGAUAUGCAGCUGACCUGUAGGGAAUUGCAGGCAAGAGCUGAGGACUUGCAGCAGUCUCUGCUGAAGCAGCAGCAGAAGGAGGCAGAGCAAGGAACUGUGUUGGUGGAACUUCAGGAGAAACUGAAGAUGUUGCAAGCGGACAAGACACAGGCUGAGCUUGACAAGAAGGAGUUUCGCCAUUCUGCCGUUUAUCUAGAGAAAGGAAAUAACACACUGAGAGCCACCCUAGAUACGGUUAAGCGGGAGCAGUUGCGUCUGGAAGGGGAAGCACAGCGUCUCAGUAUAGAGAAGGAUCAACUCAACCAGUCAUUAAAUACCUUGAGAAAGGACCUGACAGAAGCACACAAGCACAAUCAGUACCUACAGGAUCAAAUAACAGAUCUGGAGCGAAGUCACGCGCAGCGCCUGAUGGAAAUAAGCAUGAGACACCGCCAGGAGCUGGAAUCUGAGAACGAGAGGCUGCGUAAUACCCAGCAGCUGGCUGAUAGUACCCUGGAUUCCCGAGAGAAAGUUCAUAAACAGAGAGUGAAAGUGUUAGAGGAGCAGGUUAGCACUUUGCAGGAACAGCUGGAUCAGGAAGCAAGGCGCAGACAGAGCCUUCUCUCUGGCCAUUGAUUCAUCAGUUAUGCAGCUGAGAAGACGAUGACAGACCAAAUACCAGCUGAGGGGGCAGCAAGUGUCAUGCCAGGCUUACUCAAUAAAACCACAUCCGCUGUGGGCAUGUUACUAGCCACAUUACUUUAUGCUGUGAUAUGCCAAAGUUACUUUCCAGAGAAUGCAAACAAUUUGCUGAGCCAUUUCUUUAAAGUGCCUUGGAAUACAUUAUUACUUUGAUGUCUUCUGUGUU